AUGCCUGAAAUUCCAAUCUCUUCUUCUCAACAAGAUACCCAACCUGAAUCAUCAACCGUCAAACUGCCACUGAUACCUGAACCAGAAGCGUACCCCUUUACGCGAACAAAAAAGGAACGUCUUCCUCUUCACGCCUAUGGAACCCUAGAAACUUAUUACACACAUCCAAGCGAACUCCAAGGAGAAGAAGAAGAAGAAGAUGAUUACUACAAAUACUCGAGCGCGUCUUUCUCGGCUCUCACUAGAACUGUCAUCUUCUUAAUGGCUUGUAUGAUUAUGGGCCUGGUAUACGUCUCCGUCCAAAUGGGUGUCUUUUCCGCUCCUGUUUACAUGCCCGUCCCUGAUCUCAUCCGCAUCAACACUAUGGAAAAAAUCCCAGGUGUUUCUACCAUCCACAGAGAUCAAAAUGAACCUCCCAUCUUUCAAGAUGCUACUACUACUUCUACUGAUGCUGUUACAACACCUCCUGUUCACUCGGCUCUGAAGAAAUCUCGCAUGAUUCUUGUCGGCGAUGUCCAUGGCAAUAUCAAGUAUCUUAAACAACUCAUGGAUAAAGUCAACUUUAACCCUGAAGGUGAUGAACUCGUUCUACUCGGCGAUAUGAUUUCAAAGGGCCCAGAUUCGCUCGGAGUUCUUAACUAUGCCAUAUCUGUUAAUGCCUCAUGUGUACGUGGAAACCACGAAGACACUAUUCUUCGCGCAUAUUCUGUUAUCCGCAGACUUCCUGCUCCUAAAGUUGAACCUAUUUCCAACUAUGAACUCAUCCAAGAUCUCCCCCUGCCUCAAAUUCCUCUUGACGAAGAAGAAGAUCAUGAUCUUGUAGACGAAGGUGAUGAAGUUUUUGAAAACUUUGCCACAAGUUCUACUCCUCCUGAUGAUGACGAUGAUGAUAACGAGAAUGACGAUGUUGAUGGUGGAUCAAAAGAAUAUAAUACCCUCAAGGGACUCAAAUUUAAAAAGGAAGAAAUAGCCCUUGCCCGAUCCCUUAAACCAGAACACAUUGAAUUCCUUGGUACUUGUUCUUUGAUUCUCGAUCUGGGCCGGGUCGCCCCUAAAAACACCCGUGCCGUUGCUGUCCAUGCCGGUCUCCAGUGGAACAUUCGCAAGCUCUACCGUCAACAUCCCUUGGUAGUCAUGACUAUGCGAUUUAUGAAUGGUAAACACACGGGCCAUCCUCUUGAAAAUAAACCGGAAUCUAAAAAGGAUCUUUUGGCCACCCCUAUUUACCAAUGGUCAAAGGUUUGGUCCAAAAAACAACACAAGUUGCCCAAAAGUUCCCGUGUUUCGGUCUUUUAUGGCCACGACGCACGCCAUGGCCUUAAAAUUAGAGACUAUACUUUUGGUCUCGACUCUAACUGCGUCGGUGGUGCCCAGCUAUCUGCAAUGGUCAUUUCCCAAAAUCAAACUUCUUCAGAACUUAUUCACGAAGUUAUUCAAGUUUCCUGUGCUUAG